AUGGGCUCCGAGAAAGAGGAAUACUCCUCUGGACCCGAGGAUGGCACUGUCACGGCCGUCAUCAAGCCCCAACACCGCCCUAUGUACGAUUCUAGCGUUACGAUCGAGGAGUAUAUGUACUAUGCCGAGAAGGCACGAGCCGAAGAAGAUGAAUUAAGAGCCACAGCACCGCCUUCUACUUGGAAGGAUUAUAUACGCCCGUCAAAAGCGGAACCUCGACGACUUGAGGGUGAACAGCCCGCCGGUAAUGAGGUCAAGAACGCCUCAUCAGGUGAUAACGAGAGCCAUCGCCUAGAAAUUACCGACCUCGAGUGGACCAAUGCCAGCCGUGCUCUGCGUUCUGCCAGUGCCGCAGCAUGCUUUUACCUGAUUACAACUGAUAUCUUGGGUCCUUUCGGAGUUGGUUUCUCUAUCGGCACUAUGGGCUGGGGCCAAGGCAUUGGACUGUUUACUGUUUUCGGUAUAUGUGCUGGAUUUUCCGGAUAUCUUCUGUGGAAAGCCUUCCUGUAUCUGGAUUCGUAUGAGUUUCCGGUAAAGAACUACGGUGACAUUGGACUCCGCCUUUAUGGAAGUUGGUUUCGCCACAUAAUCAACUUUCUCCAGGCUGUUCAAUUGACGAUUAGCGUUGGCGUUCUCGUCAUCAGCAAUGGCCUUUCUAUCUCACAAGUUUCCAAGUUCAGGCUUUGCUACGUUGUAUGCUGCUUGAUCUGGGCCGUUGUGGGUUUCUUCCUAGGACAAAUUCGGACGCUCAACAAACUGGGCGUAUUGGCAAACUUUGCUGUUGUUAUUAAUCUCUUGAUUAUGUUUAUCAGCAUGGGAGUCAUGGCUCACAGCGAGCCAAACUUCAUAGCUGCACAGGCCGGCUCUGCUGGUGCUGCCCUGGGCGGCGACUCAGUUGCCCCUUUUGCUAAUGGAACUUAUCCUCCUGUUCAUCGAUAUGGUGGUGUUCCACCAUCAACAAACGGCUUUAUUGGAUCUAUCAACGGUCUCAUGAACGGUGUUUAUGCCUAUGGUGGCGCCCAGCUGUUCAUCGAGUUCAUGGCUGAGCUUCAGCGACCACGGGACUUCCUCAAGGCUAUGUGGGGUGCUCAGUUUUUUAUUUAUGCGUGCUACAUGUCCUACGGAUCAUUUGUUUACUACUAUCAAGGACAGUAUUCCAAUCAGCUCGCUUAUCAAGGAUUAUCGCCCUACGCUUGGCAAACCGUUUGCAAUAUGCUUGCUGUGAUCACAGGCAUUAUUGCUGCGACGCUUUACGGCAACAUUGGCAUCAAGGUCAUCUACAACAACGUCUUCAUGGAGAUUUUCAAAGCCCCGCCUUUGACCACCAAGGGAGGCAAGAUCCUGUGGGCUGUUCUGGUCCCAAUCUACUGGAUCAUUGCAUUCAUCAUUGCCGGCUCCAUUCCCGAUUUCUUCGGUUUGACGAGCGUCACCGCUGCUGUGUGUCUUGUGCAGUUUACGUACACGUUCCCCGCUUUCAUCGGCCUCGGACUUUCUGUACAGCGAAGCGCAAUGGAAGGAGAAGGCGGCUUCGACCCGACGACUGGUACCGUCCGUCGUAGAGAUUCCGGGGUGAAGCGGAUCAUGCGAGGAUUCUUUGGCAGGUUCUGGUGGCUGCACAUCACCCUGCUUGUCUACACGCUUGGCUCACUGGCACUCAGUGGACUGGGCACGUAUGCAGCAGUCGAGGGCCUUAUGUCUGCUUUUAAGUCGCCGCAGAUAAACACUUUUACGUGCAAAUCUCCUCUCAAUGGAUAG